GGGAAACGUAGCGACGCAUCCUACGUUCCGCAGCACAACUGGACCGGAGCAGAAGCACAGAGAGGCAGGCGCGAAGCGGCAGAAAAGAUCUCUGACUGAUCCUCAGGUUGAAGGAAGGCUAGAUAGUCUCCAGGCCUGCAGCCCUUUUUUUCCCCUUCUUCCUCCUGGAGCCUUUUCCGCCUCUCUCCCCCCGCCUAGGUCUGUCUGUCUCCUUCUCUUGCAGCCGGUGCUGGUUUCCCGCCUUGCUAGAGAAGCUCCUUCUCUGAUCUUACCGAGUGGGCAGCAUGCUAACAACCAAGUUAUUCACGCUGGUGCUGGUUGUGCAGCCUCACAGAGUCCUGCUGGGUAUGAAGAAACGUGGCUUUGGAGUUGGACUCUGGAAUGGCUUUGGAGGGAAGGUGCAGCCAGGCGAAACUGUGGAGCAGGCAGCCAGAAGGGAGCUACAGGAGGAGAGUGGACUGACAGUGGACACCUUACAGAAGAUGGGCCUGAUCACAUUUGAGUUUGUGGGCAACACGGAGCUGAUGGAAGUCCAUAUCUUCAGAGCCGACGAUUUCCAAGGAGACCCCACAGAAAGCGAUGAAAUGCGCCCCCAGUGGUUUCCACUGGACAAAGUCCCCUUCAAGAACAUGUGGCCUGAUGACAUCUACUGGUUUCCCCUCCUGCUUCAGAAGAAACUAUUCCUUGGCUAUUUCAAAUUCCAAGGGCAGGACACUAUCUUAGACUACACCCUGAAAGAAGUGGAGAAAGUGUAAGAGGCGGCCAAGAACGGAACACUGGACACCUUCCUGGCUGGGAUGGAAAUGGCGGCCCAUAUUGGGCAACCAUCACAACAGUCCUCCUCAUCAGCUCCACAGUGGAGACCUACAUAGAUAAUUAAAAGAGAAAAUGAAGCAAUGGCUCCCUUUGUAGAACAGAGAACACCAGUUUUUCAUGCAUGUUCGGUGCGGCUUCGGACGUGGCUGCCAUGCCCUGGUAGCCACAGCCUUGGCUUCAGCACACACACACAUACACACACCGUCUUUAAGCUUUUUACUGAAAGCCUUGGCAGCUCAGCUGGAGUCUGCUCACGAAGCGUCAUUUUUUUUUCUGUAUUGUGUUCUAGCAAGGGGACCAGCUUCUCCAUGCCAGAGUAAAUUUAGAUUUGCA